AUGUCUACUCAAACUGCUCCGGCCAUCCCCCCUCGACCGGCUCGAUCUCCAAAGCCGCCUUCUUCUAUAGACAUGCCUAAUAUCCCUCCGCGUCCGACCAACCGUCGUAUCGACCGAUCAGUGUCUCCAAUGAGGAACAGCUAUGCGCCUUCCCCUUUCAACGAGUGGAGUGGCCCGAGCUUGAGCCGAACAGUCUCAAAUGAUAUCCCUCAACGCCCUCCCAGCGUAACAAUACCGUCCCUUGGCGAGGAAGGCAUUGAAUAUGCCGAUCUAGAUGUAGCGAAUGUGCCCGAGGGUCAUAGUAAUCAGGCUCCGGUGGAAACCCGCAACGUUAGCAGUGAUCUCAAGAUUCAUGCACCAAGACCCUCCUUACCGACGUCAAGUGCUAAGGCCCAAGUGCAGGCGGUUACUCGCACAGACUCCCGCCAGGCUGCCGCCGCAGGACUGGGCCGAGACAGUGAAAACUCCCCCGCAAUCGAAGAGCCGGAACGGGCUAGUCGUUCUCUACACUCCCGAGCAAGCCACUCGCGGGCCGAGUCCUCCACAGCUUCUUCUGAUCGUCGUCUGUCCACCCAGCUUGGGGAAGAACAUGGAUUCCGAGUUCCAAUGUACCCCAAUGCGGGUGAUGUCCAGGCACCGUCCCCUAGUCCUUACCUAGAGCAACCUUCUCCACGCACAGGUCGCAACCAUCACCGUUCCCGUAGUGCCCGAGAUUCUUCUUUACCUCCCGGCAGCUAUGGUCUGCAUGGACACGGAGUCCAACACAACGACAAGUUCGAGAAGGCGUGGUACGAGAAACACCCCGAUAAAUACGUCAAGGAAGAAGGGCAGUAUGGCCCAGGCGUGGGAACUCCUCGUCCUGAUUGGGCACUGAGCAGCGACGACUUGAACAAGAUUGUCCGAGGCCCUGGUCCGGUUGGCUCCCCUGCUGGUGCUUCUCCCGUCGUUCAAGGAACACCAGAGGAAGAGGUUGGGUACAUUGCAUCUGAUGAAUACACUCACCGUAUGUCAUCCCCUCCGCCUGACUCUCGUCUUGAGUCUCAGCCCACUGUGGAAUCUCCCCUUCGCCAAAUGAGUUUUCCAGCCUCUGUAACCGAGCCAAACGAAGCUCCCGUCUCAAAGCUUCGCCAUGUCCGAUCGAGCUCGCAUGGCCAUCAUGCCGACGAGGAUAUAAUUCACAUUGAUGACCCCAAGCAUCAUCUUCACCAUCCAGAUGGAUUUGCUCCCACUCCAGCUCAAGAUGAGCCUACACCUGAGGUAGAGGAGCUGAGUGAAGAUGAGCCAAUUUUAGCUGCCGACGAAGUGCGCCCUGGCUCGGCAUACCUGCAUCCUGCAGUUUCUCCAACCCGUGGGAGCUUCGAUGAUGAAUACCGGAGCCGCACUCCAUCCCACAGCCGCUCUAACAGCAGGUCAACCAGUGCUCAAGGUGCACCUAUGUUAAGUCGCUUCGACUCACGCGAAAUGCACGAGGACAACUAUACGCCCCUCGAAGAUGUUGCCGAAUACGAACCGCUGUUCCCAGAAGAUGAGAACAAGAAGGAGCAACCUAUCUCAACUACAGACCGCUUUAAGAACCGCCCAGACUUUGCCAAACAUAGAUUCCCAAGCCAGGAUAUCUGGGAGGAUACGCCAAACAGUCUCCAGCUCCACGCUACUGUUUCAACUCCAGACAUCGUCGAGCGUGAAUCAAAAUCCUUCGAGUCACCAAAGCAAGAGGCCACACGAAGAAUGCAAACAGCCAAAGUCGAUUCACAUCAGGUAGCCAGCCAUAUCUUAGAAGGUGAGGGUGCUCGUGACAAAGAAAAGGUCACCAAGCGACCAGACACCAUCAAGCAGCGCUUUCCUAGUCAAGAUAUCUGGGAGGACGCCCCUGAUAGCCAGCAACUUGUAACCACCGUACAACCCGCUGAAGAUGAAGUGAAGAGCCCGGAAGUACCCACGAAACCUUCAAUCCCUGUUCGCCCCCAAAAGCAAACUCAGCCUACCUCGCCAACAGAGAAGCGGCAACCACCCAUUAUACCCGGUCGCCCUAAACCUCAGAUUCCAUCUCGUCCUGCCAGGCCUAGCGCACAGACAUCACCCGAAGCUGCACCGACCAGCUCAGGUACUACGGAAGCUGAAGGUGAAGCACCUGCUGUGCCUAAAGCAAAACCAGCAGUUCCAGCUCGUCCCGGGGGUAGCAAAAUUGCAGCUCUAAAGGCCGGAUUCCUAACAGAUUUGAACUCACGACUCCAGCUGGGUCCUCAACAACCAAAGCCCCAGGAAAAGGAGCCUGAACCGGCGGCAGAGAAACAGCCCCUCAGUGAUGCUCGCAAGGGAAGAGCUCGUGGUCCUGCUCGACGAAAGCCCGCCGUAGAGAAAGCCAGCGCUCCUCUACCCACUGUUCCAGAAAUCAAGAUAACAGAAACCUGGAAUGUAUGGCACAUUGGCCAAGAUGGCUCCUUGAAGGUCGGUAAUGAGGAUAGUGCUGCAAAAUCGCACGAACCAUCUGAGACUCCCAUGGCACCGGAGCUUGCAAAGAACACAGCUGGCGAAUCUGUCGAUCCAUCCCCAGAAGCCUCUGUUGUAGUACAGCCUGUGGAAGAGCCGGUGGAAAAGUCUGCGGAAGAGCCUGCGGUAAAUCCUGUUGAAGAUUCCCCUGCAGAUGCCGAUUUGAUCUCGGAGAGCGAGACAAAACCAGUUGAAACUUCAACUGAAGAAGAGAUCUUCCACUCAGUAGCCAAGCCAGAGGUCCCGAAGGAUGAACCACAGCCAGAGAUUAAACCCGAAGAGCCACUCACGGAAACCAAGGACACCGUAUAUGAUGAAGAAGUUGCCUCCGAACAGCUGGAUACCGCUUUAGAAGAUAUGGCUGCCUCAGCGGACGGCAAGAGGGCAUCUGACGGGGACGUCCACGACCUACCUUCGUCGUCUUAA